GGCGGACAGAAGCCUUUCUGCGCAUGCGUGAAGCGACGUAGCAGCUCGACGCAAAGCAGCUCCCAAUGACGGUUUCAGGGUGCGAGUAUCCGGUUCGCAAGGGGGCCUGCGCAAAAUACCCCGCAGAUAAGACAAAAGAUUGCGGGAUAAGAUAAAAAUUAUGUUAAUUUUUACUCACGAAUGAUAUUUUGUUCCUUCCGCGGAAACUUCUCUCCCUUCCUGCAGUCCCCUCGUAUUUUCCUUCAGACGAAAGAACUUACGACACCUCGGAAUAGAUACGGCACUGAGGCUGGCACGGUGCGUGCGCGAAAAGAUAUCCCGAACUUCACGAUUGUCAGACGAUUCGAAACCUCCUCCUCUGCAACGCGAAUGCCGAAGUUAAAUUAAAGUCUCACGUUCCACGAGCGGAGAUGUGUGUUCAACGCGACGAAAAGUAAAAUGAAUUCCCCCCCGUCGGAUGGAAAUAUACUCGAGAAGUAACAUGAGGAAAUCGUCAAGGUAACUCUUACCGCGAGAUGCCGGCUAAUGUCGUUCGUGCCGGGAAGAACGAUUUGAGGAGACCUCGAUGAAACAGAAUGAACCGACUCUCGUUUCGGAUUUACUUCGUAUAAAAUCCUACAUUCAUUCUCGUAGAAUGAAACCCUUCCCUCUCUCUCUCUCGAUUAAAUAUCUGGUCAGCUUUUUAUUAGCCCCCAACCGCCGAACCAGCGCGAUCAGUCGAAGCUAAACAAGUAUAUGGUUUUCUCGCUUCAACGUAUUAUCGCUCGGCGGUGCAGCUGUAAAGAACAGACGAGAUUAUUCGCAUCUCACUCGAAGCGCUCUCGAUUUCCAGUCGGAAGCCUAGUCCGGGCCGGAAAUGGCCGCGGUGCCAAUAACAAAGAAUACUUCGGGGAACGAGCGACCGGCCGAGAUGAAAUCGACGGUGGAGAGGAACGGUGAGAAGUUCGGCAGGAAAUUAACGGUGCUGGAGUCGCACGGUUAUGUUCUCGGGAAGACCAUAGGAGCUGGAUCUUACGCCACGGUCAAGAUCGCGAGAUCCGAUCUGCACAACAGCCAAGUGGCGGUGAAGAUCGUCUCGAAAUUCCAAGCGCCCGAUGAGUACACGAAGUUCCUAACUCGCGAGAUCGAGGUGGUCAAGGGCUUGAAGCAUCCAAAUCUGAUUCGUUUCCUGCAAGCCAUAGAAACGACUCAUCGAGUGUACAUCGUCAUGGAGUACGCGCAGAACGGCAGUUUGUUCGACGUCAUACGACGCGACAUUUACAUCGACGAGCUGCGUAGCCGCAGGUGGUUCCGGCAACUUUUAGAAGCCAUUGAUUAUUGCCACGAACGUGGUGUGGUGCACAGGGACAUCAAGUGCGAGAAUCUGCUGAUGGACCAACAGUUCAACGUGAAACUGUCGGACUUCGGGUUCGCGCGAAGGGAGAUGAAGCCGACGAAGAGCGGCAAGUGGCCGCUCAGUAGGACCUACUGCGGCAGUUACGCUUACGCGUCUCCCGAGAUCCUGCGAGGCGUCCCGUACCAGCCUCAGCUCUCCGACGUGUGGUCCGUGGGCGUGGUGCUCUACGCCAUGGUCUACGGUCAGCUGCCGUUCGAUGAAACGAACCACUCGCUGUUAUUAAAGCAAGUGCAGAGCAAAGUGGUGUUUCCCAAGCAGCCUAAGGUGUCACAGCCCUGUCGUUCUCUGAUUACCCGCAUAUUGGUGCCGCAGCCGGAACGACCGAGCAUCAGCGUCAUAAGAACCGACAGCUGGCUUGAGACGUCCGUCGUCGCUCAAACGUCUAUCAGUGACGAAUUCGCCAAAACAGCGGCCUCAGUAUCUAAGGAGCGUGAAGCAUCCGCCGAAGAUGCGAUCACUCCCGCGAUCUCUCAAGGUAUAUUAAAUCAGAGACCUAAGGCUACCGUCGACGAUGAAACGGAAACCACGAGGACUUAACCGCGACUUAAACGUGAAA